AUGUAGAAUAUUAAUGAACCAGUUAAACUGCCUAGUUUACCAGACUAGGAAAAGCUGUAUACAUAGCCUAAUUCGUUUAGAUUAGGCGAAUACAUUAAAAAGAAUACACUUAAUCAUUACACAAGCUAGUAAACAUUUUUUCAACAGAAUUCAAAAAAGUAGAAUAAAAGAAAUAGUGUACAUAAUGAAUUUUAAGCUCCAGGUCCUUCCUUUUUUAAUAAACAAAAUAAGUAAGUGCAGUAAAUGUACCAGGAGAAGAUGGAAUAUAAUUAGCUAUAGAAGAAUAAGUUUACCAAGAUAAAUAACUCCUCGAAUUCGAUCAUGACAGUUUCAAGUGCUGAUGGUGUAGGUCAAUAUGAUAGCUCAUCAGCAAUCUCUCCUGCAAAUUUCUUCUUGAAUCAAAAUUAAAUCUAAAAAAAUGGAUCCUUCACUAUGAAAGAAGCAUUUUUGAAUUCUACUCAAUCUUCAAAUCAAUUGUAUUCUAAUAAGAAUAAUGUUUUUAAGUUUUACCAAACGAACUAUACUUAAUUUGAUGAAACUAAGCAAAGUCCUACUAAUUAAUCACUGUCAUAAACUCACUAACAGAUUAAUGAGAGUAUUUAAUUAUAAAAGUAGAAAACUUUAGACAAAAUUUUAAAGCAAUCUUUUAGCAAUAUCUCUAACCUGCAACAAAGGAAAAAGUCAGACUAAAAUAAAGAUAACCCUUUUGGCAAAUAAUCUUCUAUUUUAACUACUAAAAGUCCUCUAAUAGAUAUUACUUAGAUAGAGUAAGUUUGCUACCUUCGCUCAGCUUAAGCAAAGUAGGACUUUUACUUGUAGCUGUUAGGCACAAAUCCAUAAAAGAGUGAGCCUCAAUACACUCCAAAUAUUGAGGAAUUAAAAUGGAAAAUUAAUUAAUAAAAACAUAUCAACGUGGAUGACUUUUUUGUGCAGUAAAUAAAAGGCAUCACUACUACCCUUAAUAAAGAGAGCAUUGUUUCUCAUAGUAGCCAGAAUAAGAACUUAAAGAAAAGCACAGAAAGAAAAGAUAUGUUUCUUUUAAAUUUAUGGAUGGAGUAGAUGCUAAAUUAAGUAUUCGAAAAAGAAAAAAAAUAUUGGAAUUAUCAGGAAUUCUUUGAUGAAAUUGAACUUAUUUAUGCAGGAUGUAUGAAAGAAAUAGCAAGAUAAGUCAGUCUUGACUGCAGCGAAAGAGGGUAGAUGCUUACUAAAAUAUGGGAUAUAUAUUCUUCGAUAGUCAGAAAUUUCAUAGAAAAAAGCCAAAAAGAAUUUUUAAAAAAAGAAUUAGAGCAAAUUAAUUUGCAAAGGUCCAUUUAAAAUGUUUAUAUCAGAGAUUUGAAAAAAAUGCAAGAGUAGUAGGAUAAAUUAAAUGAGCUUUUAGAGCUUAGGAAUAAUUAAAUCACAAAAGCAAAAGCAGAAAAUAGGUAUUUGAGUAAGAAAUGGAAAAAGACAGAAAAAGCUCUCUAAGUUAUUUAAGAUGACUUUAAUGCCCAAAUAAAUCUUUAUGAUGAAGCACUCAAAGAAAUCACAUACCUGAAAAUGCAGUAAGAAGAAUAUAUUUUGCAAGAUUAAAUCAGACAAGCAGCUGCGAGUUCAGACGAUGAUUAUACCUAAGCAACUUCAGCUGGAAAUUCAAAAUUUAUGCUUGAAAUUGAGAAAAUUAAAAUUGAGCUAUAAAAUCAAUAUUAAUUUCUCUACAUGGAAGAAAAAAAGAAACUGGAAGAGGCUUAUAUUAUUCACAAGCAGAACUAAGAUAAACAGCUGAUUCUUGCAUAAGAAAUAGAACAAGAAGAAUCAGGGCUUGAAAAAAAUUAGCUAUAGAGAAUUCAAGAAUACAAUUUCGAAGACGUUUUAUUGGCUAAUAUUGGAGUUGAUACAUCUGACUUAUGUUAAAAAUAGUCUUUUGGAACUGACACAUGUGAUUUAGUUGAAAAAUAAGAUAAAUGCAUAAAUGUAAAUAUAUAAAAGCAAAUGAAAUAUUAGUCAACUCAAACAGUUUGCACUACAGAAAGUAAAGCACAGCAAGUUAAUAUAAGGACCAUCAUAAAUGAAAAUAAGGUUCUUACGAUUGAAGAGCAGCACUAUUUUAGCAAAAUAGAAUAAUUACAAUUUACUGAUUUGAUUAAAGAAUACAGAGUCUUGAAACUUAUAGAUACUAACAUUUUAGAGAGAGAUGACUAUGGAAAGUUAAUGGUGGAAUAAGAAUUUAAAAGAGUAAAAAAAGAAAUAAAAAAUAUGAUUAAUCUGACUUUCCUGAAAGAAGAUAUGACUUAAAAAGACUACAACAUACUUUCAGAAUUUAUCUGCAAAAUUUUUAGCUCUUCUGAAAAUUUUUUGGCUAGCUUAAUUAAGAACAUACAAAACUUGUUUGAUAUCAAAAAUACUAUUAAAAUUGAUUUAAUUGAUGCAUAAAUAGAUAAGUUUGAUUCUCUUAUUCUAUUAAAUGAAAAAACAUAAUAAUGUAAUUCCCUUCAAAAUCAAUACAACAAUAAGCUAGAAUAAGUAAAAAAAAUUUAAUCCGUCAACAAUAACUAAGUUCAGCAAUAAAAAUAAAUAAAUGUUGCUUCACCUAUGGCUCCAAUUGAUAGCAUGAAAUUAAAGAAAAAGAGUGUAUCCAAACGUUUAGAAGAUAACUCAUUUGGUAACUCCCAAAACAGGCAAAAUAAAUAAUAUUCUAAAGAAAAUUAAGAGAAGGAUAAAGGAUUACCAAAAUCUGUCAAAAAGAAGCAAUCUAUUUUUGAUAAAACAAAUAAAUUUAAUCUCAAAGAAUAAAGAAAAUCUGAUGGAAGCGAGGAAAAUAUCAUUUCUUAAAUUUAAAAACAAAGAUCAUUUAAUUUAACUUUAGAAAAAAAAUCUACCUUUGAAAAUGCAAAAGAAGAUGAGUUGAUCUAAUUGUCUCAUUCAUCAUCUAAAAAUUCGAACGAUUCUAUAAAGAAUUUAAUCCAACAAUAAUCAUAAAACACUGAAAACUCAGGUAAAGACUAAGCUGAACAAGAAAAUUAAGUGUUAAGCGAUACUCUAAACACAAGAAGAUUACAAGAAUUAGCACAAAAAUAAGAGAUACCUGAAAAAAUAAAUGAAGAAGAUGGUAUGGAAUCUAACAAAUCAAUUGGGAAUAAUGAAAUGAAGACCUCAAUCACCAAAGAUCCUAAAAUUAGUUUCAGACUUUUAGAUUCUGAAAAUGAUCCUUUCUAUAAGCGGACUGAUACUUAUGAGCGCAUGAAUAGCAUGAAAAAAAUACUAAAUUAACAACAAGAAAGUUAACUUUAAAAUAUUUAAUAAGAGUCACUAUUCAAAUAAAUAAAUACUGAUGAGUAAUAACAAGAAGAAGAAGAAGAAGAAGAAGAAGAACGAGAUUUUUUCAGUAAUAUAAAAUCUAGUAAAAAUCAUGCCAGAAACUCUUGUGUUGUAGUUAAAAAUAAUUUUAGUAUCAAAAGUGAUGACCCGUUCAAUCAAGACUCAAUAAAACUAACUUCAAAGUCAGACACAAAUAUUUAGUUAAAUGAAGAAUAAGAUAAAUCGAUAGAAACUCCAAAAAGUAACAACAAAACUAGUAUCAAUUAAAUAAUAUCUGAUGAUGAUCAAUAACAACAAAUCAACAUCACUGAAGACUAUUCUUUGGAUGAUAGUAUUGAUAAUAAAUUAAACAAUAGUCUAUUUAUGUAGGAUGACGAUACUAAUAAAUAGAAUUCUAUUGAGAAAAAAUCACCUUAAAGUAUAUUUAGCAAAUUUAGCUUUACUAAGUAGAAAUUCGUUCCCAAAUUAUAAACUCAGUAAAUAACAGAGAUACUAAACACUUCUGAUUCAGAUUCUAACAGAGAAGAACUAGAUAUUCAAGAUUAGUUCUUUAAAUACAGAGAAGAAUUCACUUUUGAGGAUUAAAAAAUCUUUAAACCUAUAAAUUCACUAAUCACAAAACUCAGAUUGUAUAUAAGUGAUUCUAAAAAUGCUUAAAUUGCAACAGAAUUGCUUGAAAAAUAGCAAAAGGACAUUUAAAAAAUAAAAAAAGCAAAGGACAUUAUGCAAUUAAAUCUUAUACUAAAACUUACUUCUCAAUCAUUAGUAGAGCUAUUUAAAUCCUACUAAAAUCUCAGCUAAAAUUAGAAAAAUAUAAACCCUUUCCAUAUUUUUUUAUACGAUUCACUAGUUAACACUUUCGGUCAAAACUCAAUGACUAUAAGCAAGUACAGUAAAUACAUUAAAAGUUGCUUCUAUUACUAAGAUCAAAAUUCCAGAAUUAAACUCAUUACUAAAUUUUUAACUGCAGAAUAUGAUAGGAUGAGUUACUAAUUUUUCAUAGACACAGUCUCACAACUAGAUGAAACUGGAUAAAACGGGCUUGGUAUCGUGUCAAGUGUAGAAGACUAAAACUGGAUAAGUCCUAAAAUUAUUUAAGAUUAUGUAGAGUAAGUUUUUGGGAAAAUAUUAUAAAGAGAUAAGCUUAACAAGGCUCAAAAGUAUUUAUUUUCUCAAAGAGAAAAAGUUAACAUAAAUAACUAGUCCAAGAUCUUGCUGAAUUUCGAUUAAUGCAUAAUUUAUAUAAUAGAUCUAUAUGAAGAAAUAAAACUAGGGCUAACAAAAAGAUAUUAUGAUUUAUUUAAUAGUCUAGAUAUUCAAAAUAAUGGUUUGCUAGACUAUGAUCAAUUCAUUUUAAUAUUUAAAAAUGUUGAAAACGAAAUACAUUUAAUGGAUAACUUGGCUGGUUUAGAGCUAUUUUAAAGGGAGAGCGACUAUAUUUCAUAUAUAAGAAAUAAAAAAUAUAUUUCUCUGCUAAGGUUUACUUAAAUGGCUAUAGAUCAUAAUUUGUUUUCCAAUGAAACUUAAAAUAGAUUUUUAGAUUGCAACGUAGAUGAAGAAGUCGAAAAAAUAAAGAGUGUUUGGCCUCAAAAAAGAAAAGAAAUUAAAAUGAGACUUAUUAAAAGUGGUUUUUAUGGUUCUCUUUACAAAUCUAUAAUUGAUAAAAUAGAUGAACAUUUUUCAAAAUAAAAAACUAAUCAGAAAUACAACAAUUAGAUAAUUUUCUCAAUUCGGAUAUUAGAAAACGAAAGCAGGGAUGCUAUGGUGAAAUACUAGAUGAAUGAUCUUUUAAGUUAAGAAUUUAAUGAUAUUCAAAGUAGCUAUAUUUCCCUUAAAACUAAAAAAAUAAUGAACAGAGUUCAUAGGAUUUACUUUGAAAAAAUAGAAAAAAAGAAAGAAAAUUGA